AUGAAAAUCUGGUGCGCCGCUUCAUGCAUCCUUCGGCGUGAAGUUCGCUGUACGCGAGACAUUAGUUAACAGGAAGAAAAUGCAUUGGUUCUGUUGGAUGAAAGAUGCAGUAGGAGGGAGUUUUAAAACUGCCUUUCGAAUAUUAGUUAAGUAAAUGCCCUGCGUGAUAGCUUGCUUACAAUAUAUCGAUGAAACAAACUCAACUUGAAUAGCAUUCCAGUGUUGGAAUGUUGCUUUGAGGACAACUCAUUGACGCUCCCUACGCUUGAAACCAUCCCAGCUUUCAGCCCGCCUCCAACGGCUGGAGCACAGGACCUCAUUGCUGGGUGGCUGCUUACUGUGUUCUGGCUCACGGGGAGACGAACUGUACUGACCACUGACCCCGUAGUUGGCACAGCCUUCCCAGGGUUGCAACUAUCCCUGCGGUUGCACUGGACUAGGACGGUCGUGGGCAUAGGCCCAGUGCUUUACAGAAUUUAGGGAAACCUCCCAUUCACUAUAUCAUCCAACCGAUUCAGACUGGUUAUGGAGCUGGAGGUGAGCCGAACCGAGCUGGAAGGUUCCGAUGCUCCCCAGUCUCAGAGACACGAGAGGAGCCUCGGACUUCUCACCACGAAGUUCGUUACUUUGCUGCAGGAAGCGAAGGACGGGGUGCUCGAUCUCAAAGUAGCAGCAGACACCCUGGCCGUCAGACAGAAGAGGCGCAUCUAUGACAUCACCAAUGUACUGGAGGGCAUUGGCCUGAUCGAGAAGAAGUCAAAGAACAGUAUUCAGUGGAAGGGAGCUGGCCCAGGCUGUAACACAAGGGAGAUUGGUGACAGGCUGAUUGACCUGAAGUCGGAGCUUGAAGAUCUGGAUAUGAGGGAAAGUGAGCUGGACCAGCAGAGGGUGUGGGUCCAACAAAGCAUCAAGAAUGUGACCGAGGACACACACAAUAGUCCUCUGGCCUAUGUUAAUCAUGAGGACAUCUGCAGCUGCUUCAAAGGUGAUACCCUCUUGGCGGUGCGUGCUCCCUCUGGUACGCAGCUGGAGGUGCCCAUACCUGAAGCUGUUGAAAACGGUCCGAGGAAGUAUCAGAUCCAUCUGAUGAGUGCUGCUGGGCCCAUUGAUGUUCUGCUCAUCAACAAGGACCCAGUUAACGCAACACCUGUGGUGCUGCCAGUCCCGCCCCCUGAGGAAAUGCUGCAGAACGCCAAGUCUGCUGCAGCCUCUGCAGACACAACCACUAACACACCCACUCACACAUUUGUCGAGACCACCCAGUGUCUGGCCACCGGCAAGCCUAAAGCACAUUCAGCAGCUAAGCCAUCAGACACCUCCAGCACUGAAAAACCUGCUCCACAACCACCAUCAUUGGACACCCGAUCCCUCCAGUCUUCUGCUUCGUUGGACAACAACGUGACUGUCUUUGAACCAAUCAAAUCCGAUUCAUCUGACUUGCUGGAUUUCCCCAAAUACUUUUCUGACAUGUUUGACUCUGCUAAAGAGAUGGUGAGUGCAGAUCUACUAGAGGAACUUAUGGCGUCAGAAGUGUUUUCUCCACUCCUCCGCCUCUCUCCCCCCCCGGGUGACCAUGACUACAUCUAUAACCUGGAUGAGAGUGAGGGCCUCUGCGACCUCUUUGACGUCCCCGUCCUCAACCUUUGACCUCUGAACCUUGCCACAAGGCUCACAUGAAGAGGCCUUUUUUUUUAAGAAAGCCAAGAACAGUUUUUAAACAAUUCUUUGAGUACUAACUAACCGAUGAAGUGGUCUAUUUUUGGAGUCUUGUAAUAUAAGCUGAAUUGAUAAACAAACAGUUUUUGAUAAUUUUCAUACUCUUUAUUUUUGUCACGUCCUCUUCGUUGAUGUCUGAACAGGGAGAUGAUGCAACUUAUCCUGGAGAGCAGCCAUCCCCUACUGGCUUAUAAGCUUUAAUGAUGUCAUGUAAUGUAUUUUUGUAUCUGCUACUGAAGUGGCAGUGGAUGUGUUUUUAGAAGUUGAGUUGUGAUCCAUUUGGAGUGAGUAAAGAUGGCUUGGGUUGAGGGAAGGAUAGUAAAUUAAUGGGAUGCUCAAGGCAAAAUCAUCUGACACCUUGGCACUUAUGUACAUCUGAAACUGUUGGAUAGUAAGCAAUAAGACAAUUCCAUCUAGUUUUUUAGAGGGCAAGGUAGAGCUAUUGCCAUAUCGCAGACUUAUUUGAUCCUUUCAGAUCUACAUGGUGACUAAGGGUAGGGAGGGAUAGGUGCUGUGAGGAGCUUCAUUGUUUGUCUACGGUCAAUGAGCUCUGCAUGUGAGGAGUGCAGCUACUCCAUUGCCCACAUAGUGGUGCUAGAGUCACAGCGGGAAGAGAAGAUCAGCUCCCUCACCUGCCGCAACCUAGUCUCUCCUAUGAGUCAGGCACACAAGACCAGCCACAAUAUACUGACAACAUGUAAAUCCAUUAAAAGCCGUUACCAGUCCUAAUCUAUUGAUACUAUUGAUGAGGCUUCCAGUUCUCUUCAGUUGCUGGUGCAUUUUAUAUCUUGUCUGUUUCUCCCUCUAAGUCUGUGUACAUGUGGAGCACAUUUGUUGUUGUAUUUCUCACAAGUCUCAACACUGAUUUCUAUUGUAAAAUGCUCUUUAUUUUGGUGUAUUUUUAUAGUGAACUGACACUUUCAAGGAACAGUACGGUACACACAUUUUUUUGUCUCUGUUUUUUUUUUUUUACAUCCGAAUCCAGAUUCAACUAUGAUAUGUGUUCGUUCAGGAAGUUCAGAACUGAAUAUUUUUCAAGUUUAGUGUAAAAUCUUCUGUAUCAUUUGUAUUGUUUGGUUGUAUUGCAUAUUGCUGUUUGUAACCUGCUCAUGUUCUGAUGAGUAAAUUCAUGAUUUCACAUCGGGGCGAACUGGAACCAGAAAUCGGCCCUGGGAAUUUUUGUCACCCCGGCCUAUCUGUUCGGGGCCGUAUAUUUUUGGUCAGUGUCUGUGAAAUGGGACAGCAGGAAAUAAGCAAAAUUAUUGUGAGAGAAAUUUAAAUAGAUAUGCUAAACUAUUCUACAGGUGAUAUAUUGGUUCUAUACAUAAAUGUGUUAAUUUUUCUAUAUUAUAGGGGGUUACAAUUAGUAUAUCCCUUAUCUCUUUCAAUUCUGCAAUGUGUAAGUUGCAGAUUGACACUCACACCCGUCUUUGUUAUCCUAUGUGCAAACAAACUCGGCAUGUAGCCACAAAUCUACUGAGUAAACUUGCCUAUAUGUUUUUAUAUGCUAAAUGAGGCUCAGAGGAUAUUCAUUUUAAGAAUGGGCAGUCAUUCCUGAUUACCAAUAUGAAUGAAAAAGAAUAUAUAAAA